AAAAAUCCGAAGAGAAAAAGUCACAUGUUGAUCAGCUGUUUUCCUCCAUUCGAAUUGUUUUUUUCUGAAUUCUCACCAAGUUAAUUGUGAUUCCUCAUUAAUUAAUCAUUUUAUUCUUUCAAUUUAUGAGAUUAAAAUGUCUUCAUUUCGGACGGUUUUUCCUCGUGUUGGUAAAGCCAAUUCUUGGUUUCCAUUGCAUAUGGCUACUGGUAUAAGGAAAAUUCAACAAAUUCUGAAAGAAAUUGAUUGUAUAAUUGAGGUUCACGACGCUCGAAUACCAAUUUCUGGUCGAUCAUCAUCAUUUUAUCAACAAGUUAUCAAUGGAAAACCUCAUUUACUAAUUCUAAACAAAAUGGAUUUAAUUGACAUGAAUUUCAAGAACGAUAUUGACAAGAAAUUACUUGGAUCUUGUGAUCGUCUUUUAUAUACAAGUGCAGGAAAGAUGAAAAAUGAGAACAUUGAAAAGAUUAUCCCAAUGGUUUAUGAGAUUAUAGAUUCUAAAUCAAAAUACAAUCGAGCAGAUAAAUGUGAUGUAAAUAUUUUAAUUGCUGGUGUUCCCAACGUUGGUAAAUCAAGUCUAAUAAAUUGUUUACGAUCAACUUUACUUGGUAGACCACAAGUAAUGGCAGUUGCCCCACACGCUGGUGUAACUAAGACAAUUUCAACUAAAUUAAAAAUUGGCCUUAACCCUGUAACAUAUAUUUACGAUACUCCCGGUAUAUUAGAACCAAAUUUAACCACCUCACCAGAAUGUGCCAUGCGAUUAGCGGCCUGUGGACUUGUCAAAGAUGAUUCUGUUGGUCAACAAUUAAUCGCUGAUUAUAUAUUAUUCUGGUUUAAUAGACGGAAACUUUUCCAUUACGCCAACAUGAUUGGACUUAACCAACCGACUGAUAAUAUAAUCGAAGUCUUGUCAAAAAUUGCAAUCAAUCAAAAUUUCAUCUUCUCCUCCAAAGAUUUACACACUCGUCAAUUCAUUACACGAUUAGAUACACUGGAAGCCGCCAAACAUUUUAUCAAAAUGUUCCGAGAAGGGACAUUUGGAACUUACCUAUUAGAUGAUGAUCUGAUUUAUCGAUCUCGUCGAACUGGACUUGCAAUCGCCGUUUAAAUGGUCAACCAAUGUAACCAACAACUGACCAAUCGAAAUCAUUUAAAGUAUUAUUAGAUUGAGAUACGAACACAAUUUGUAAAUACUUUGUAUUGUUCCCGAUUAAUGUUUAAUUACUAUUUAGAAAGUGAUUCUUUGUUAAUUCAUCUCUAAUCAUGUUCAUCUUGUGAAAGUGAAUCAAAUUAGACAUAAAGAUUUCUCAUUCAUCACUUGA